CAAAAUGUGAUUUUUUAUAAUAUUAUAGUUUAGUUUCCACCUCUCUAUGAUGAUUUGUGGGUUGAGGAGGAUGUUAGAUACGACUAAGAACAGGUUCAUUCAUUAUCCCUACGUGUUCAAUAUUAAAUUUAAAAAGUGUCUACGGAAACUACAUACCAAUGCAUCAAAAUCCAGAGAAACUGAGUUAGUAAAGGAACUCAAAGCUAAAAUCAAGUUCUCGGGGCCUAUCACGGUGGCAGAGUAUAUGAAGGAAGUCCUCUCCCAUCCUCUCGUGGGUUAUUACAUGAAGAAAGAUGUAUUUGGUUUGGAGGGAGAUUUUAUAACAUCGCCUGAAAUCAGUCAGAUUUUCGGAGAGUUAAUAGGUAUUUGGUUCUACGAAAGAUGGCUUUAUAAUGGUUCACCGCGGGACAUCCAGUUUGUUGAACUAGGUCCUGGGCGUGGAACACUUAUUUCAGAUAUUCUCCGGGUUUUCGCCAGAUUGGGUAGAAUUUCAGAACAUCUGAGCUUGCAUCUUGUUGAGAUCAGUCCUGCAAUGAGAGAAAUGCAGAAAAAAAUUUUAUGCAUUAGCGAUCAGAAGCAAGACGUGCCUAUGAACAGCAACACAACCAAAGAUGGCAUACCAGUAACGUGGCAUCAUGAUAUCUCAGAUGUGCCAAAAGGUUGUUCGUUUUACCUGGCACACGAGUUCUUUGACGCGCUUCCCAUACAUGAAUUUCAGAGGACUCGACAUGGAUGGCGUGAGGUAAUGGUGGACGUAGAUGAAGACGGACCGCAUCACUUGAAGUUCUGUCUGGCGCCUUCAAACACGCCGGCAUCUGUUUUGCUGCCCAAAGGCAAAGAUCUUAAAGCAGACAAAAUUGAGAUCCGACCUCAGGCUCAAGUAAUCGUUGAGGAAAUGGCACAAAACAUUAAAAAACAUGGCGGUUCUUCACUGAUUGUUGAUUAUGGCGAUGUUGACAGCGAGAGGAACACCUUGCGGGCCUUUCAAAACCAUCAACUUGUACAUCCACUCUUUGAGCCAGGUCAUUCUGAUCUCACUUCAAAUGUUGAUUUCUCGGCUUUAAAAGAAAUAUUUUCUCAAUAUAAAGUUUCGACAUUUGGUCCCGUAAGGCAACAGGAUUUUCUAAAAGCGAUGGGAAUUGAUGUUCGAAAACAGGUUCUGCUCAAGAAAGCAAGUGUUGAACAAGUCACAAAUAUAGAAACUGCUUACAGAAUGUUAACUGACGACAAUGAAAUGGGAAAUUGUUUUAAAUUUUUCGCUGGCACAGGUGGAAGUGAGAAACCCCCUGGGUUUUAAAACGGUGGUCCUGCGAAGCUGAAAUAAAUCCUAAACAAUCUUGA